AUGAACCAUCCACCCAUCCACUCCCUGAUCCUUCUUCUAUCAACAACCCCCAGCCCCCUCCCCUCCGCCCAUGUCACCUCAGUAUCCGCCAUUCCUCCGUCCUCGAGUCAAACGCUCCAGCGAAAUGAAACCUCUCGUCUCUCUCCUCUCUCUCUCUCUCAAACCAAUUCACACACUCUGUCUCUCUCUCUCUCUCUCUCUCUCUCUCUCUCUCUGUCUCUCUCUCUGUCUCUCUCUCUCUCUCUCUCUCUCUCUCUCUCUCUCACAAAAGAACAGCAUCACAAGCCAACGUCGAUAUCUUUUAUUUUUGGUACGCAAACUAGCCAAAUAAUGUUAUUGCAUAUCGUGGAGCAUCUACAAUAA